GGGACCCGGAAGUGGGGUUGCCGGCGGCUGCCCAGGAGCGGGAGCUGCGGCGGGAGCCCGGGCUGUGGUCAGCGUCGACAGUAGUGUGGAGCUGCAGGAGAGCCGUUUCUCAACUUCUUCAUCGCCGUUUCCUGAACCUGGAGUGUGGUGGCCAAGGGCCCUGUCAGCUGUAAGACAAGAUGAAGACCGUGCUCAUGGUUGCAGAAAAGCCGUCCUUGGCCCAGUCCAUUGCCAAAAUCCUCUCUCGAGGGAGCAUGUCCUCACACAAAGGGCUGAACGGAACAUGCUCAGUGCACGAGUACACCGGGACCUUCGCUGGCCAGGCAGUCCGCUUCAAGAUGACGUCCGUCUGUGGUCAUGUGAUGACCCUGGAUUUCCUGGGAAAGUACAACAAGUGGGACAAGGUGGACCCGGCAGAGCUGUUCAGCCAAGCCCCAACAGAGAAGAAGGAAGCUAACCCCAAGCUGAACAUGGUGAAGUUCCUGCAGGUGGAGGGCAGAGGCUGUGACUACAUCGUGCUGUGGCUGGACUGCGACAAGGAAGGGGAGAACAUCUGCUUCGAGGUCCUGGAUGCCGUGCUGCCUGUUAUGAAUCAGGCCCACGGGGGCGAGAAGACAGUGUUCCGGGCCAGGUUCAGCUCCAUCACGGACACGGACAUCUGCAACGCCAUGGCCCGCCUGGGUGAGCCCGACCACAAUGAGGCCCUCUCAGUGGACGCCCGACAGGAGCUGGACCUGCGCAUUGGCUGUGCCUUCACCAGGUUUCAGACUAAAUAUUUCCAGGGGAAAUAUGGCAACCUAGAUAGCUCCCUCAUCUCGUUUGGGCCAUGUCAAACCCCGACCCUGGGAUUCUGCGUGGAGAGACAUGACAAGAUCCAGUCCUUCAAACCAGAGACCUACUGGGUGCUGCAGGCCAAGGUUAACACCGAUAAAGACAGAUCUCUCAUUUUGGACUGGGACCGCGUGCGAGUGUUCGACCGGGAGAUUGCACAGAUGUUUUUAAACAUGACAAAGCUGGAGAAGGAAGCCCAGGUGGAGGCCACAAGCAGGAAAGAAAAGGCCAAGCAGAGGCCCCUGGCCCUGAACACUGUGGAGAUGCUGCGUGUGGCCAGCUCUUCUCUGGGCAUGGGGCCGCAGCACGCCAUGCAGACCGCCGAGCGGCUCUACACUCAAGGCUACAUCAGCUACCCACGGACUGAGACUACCCACUACCCCGAGAACUUUGACCUGAAGGGCCCUUUGCGGCAGCAGGCCAACCACCCAGCCUGGGCCGACACGGUGAAGCGGUUGUUAGCAGAAGGUAUCAACCGCCCACGGAAAGGCCAUGAUGCCGGUGACCAUCCCCCCAUCACCCCCAUGAGGUCUGCCACAGAGGCCGAAUUAGGGAGUGAGGCGUGGCGGCUCUAUGAGUACAUCACCAGACACUUCAUCGCCACAGUUAGCUACGACUGCAAGUACCUCCAGAGCAGCAUCUCCUUCAGGAUCGGGCCUGAGCACUUCUGCUGCACAGGGAAGACCGUCAUCUCACCAGGCUUCACGGAGAUCAUGCCCUGGCAGAGCGUGCCCCUGGAGGAGAGCCUGCCCACCUGCCAGAGGGGCGACACCUUCGCCGUGAGCGAGAUGAAGAUGCUGGAGAAGCAGACAAGCCCACCUGACUACCUGACGGAGGCCGAGCUCAUCACACUCAUGGAGAAGCAUGGCAUUGGGACAGAUGCCAGCAUCCCUGUGCACAUCAACAACAUCUGCCAGCGCAAUUACGUCGUCGUGGAGAGCGGGCGCCGGCUCAAGCCCACCAACCUGGGCAUCGUCCUGGUGCACGGCUACUACAAGAUCGACGCAGAGCUGGUGCUCCCCACCAUCCGGAGCGCAGUGGAGAAGCAGCUGAACCUGAUCGCCCAGGGCAAGGCCGACUACCGCCAGGUCCUGGGCCACACCCUGGACGUCUUCAAGAGGAAGUUCCACUACUUCGUGGACUCCAUCGCCGGCAUGGAUGAGUUGAUGGAGGUGUCUUUUUCACCCCUGGCGGCCACAGGCAAGCCACUCUCCCGCUGCGGAAAGUGCCACCGGUUCAUGAAGUACAUCCAGGCCAAGCCAAGCCGCCUGCAUUGCUCCCACUGCGAUGAGACCUACACCCUCCCCCAGAAUGGCACCAUCAAACUCUAUAAGGAGCUCCGGUGCCCGCUGGACGACUUUGAGCUGGUCCUAUGGUCAUCCGGCUCCCGGGGCAAGAGCUACCCUCUGUGUCCCUAUUGCUCCAACCACCCGCCCUUCCGAGACAUGAAGAAAGGCAUGGGCUGCAACGAGUGCACGCACCCCACCUGCCAGCACUCACUGAGCAUGCUGGGCAUUGGCCAGUGCGUGGAGUGUGAGAGUGGGGUGUUGGUGCUGGACCCCACCUCAGGCCCCAAGUGGAAGGUGGCCUGCAACAAGUGCAACGUGGUGGCACACUGCUUCGAGAACGCCCACCGUGUGCGGGUGUCCGCCGACACCUGCAGCGCCUGCGAGGCUGCCCUGCUCGACGUGGACUUCAACAAGGCCAAGUCCCCGCUCCCAGGUGAUGAGACGCAGCACACGGGCUGUGUUUUCUGCGACCCCAUCUUCCAGGAGCUGGUGGAGCUGAAGCAUGCAGCCUCCUGUCACCCCAUGCACCGCGGUGGGCCAGGGAGGAGGCAGGGCCGAGGGCGGGCCCGGGGCCGGAGACCCACAGGGAAGCCCAGUGCCAGGCGGCCAAAGGACAAGAUGUCAGCCCUGGCCGCCUACUUCGUAUGACGGCCCGCCGACCCUUCCCCAGGCUCCAGAUGGCUAUCCUUGGGGCAACAGAAAUCAUUAAAACACAUCUCCAGAA